AUGGUGAGUCUUUUCCGUCAUUUUGCUGCCGGCUACCCCGCAAUUGGCCCAGGUCGCGCAUUCCAUGCGGCGCCCAUGCUGCGUCCACGGAGUCAUAGAGCGAGACGCAAAAGACAAUCGGUGUGGCUGGGUUGCCAACUUGUCUCGGUUCGGGUUUGGGCAGGGGACAACAGCGUUUCCGCAUCGCUGCACCUCUCAUCUAAGUUAUGGCCAUGGAAGCAGAAGGUCCAAGCUCCAGAAGCCCAGAAGUCGCACGAAGUCAAUGAAGUGCGCGCUGAGCCGCGUGGUAACUCCACGGAAUCCAGUAGACUUACUUCAACUUCGCCAGCUUUGGUCGCCAUGGCGCUCGCUCUGGGUGUGCCGCAGGUCUACACCCCGCCUGUGGGCGACCAGCUGAUGGCACUGGACCCGACUGCACCACGCGUGAAGGUCCUGGCACCGGGCUGCGAGCUGCGGCUCAUCGUGGAUGACGACAAGCACGCCAGGGUGAAGCUGCUGCCAGAGCAGGUGCCCAACCCACGGCCUGGUCAGCCUGCCGAGACGAGUGCAGAGAUUUUUGGGGCGGAAUUGGUGCCUGGACAGGACUAUCCUCUCUUGGGCGGGUCCCGCACAGCCAUUUACACAUGGCAUGGCUGCAAAGUGCAGGUUUCUGGUCCCACUGUACAGGAGUACGACGCCCCAAACGUGGUGAUGCGAGACUACCUGUGCUGUGCAGCAGUGCUCGAACAGCGCCGCAUGCGAGCCGACGAUCUCGGGCUUCCUGCCCCGAGAGUUUUAGUGUGUGGCAGCGCUUUCUCCGGGAAAAGCUCCCUCUGUCAGAUUCUCUGCAACUAUGCAUUGAGACGGGAGCACACUCCUGUCUUCGUCGAGUUAGACACCCGCUACUCCAGCAUUCGCCAGCUACAGAGCGUACCGGCUUGCGUCACAGCCAUGACGGUGGAGCACGCGUCUGACGAGGAGCCCAUGAAUCGCAUCGCCUACUUCUAUGGGCAUCUGGAGUGGAGUGCGAACCCGGAGUGGUAUCAGCGUGUGGUGUCUCAUCUGAGCCGCGUGGUUUCUGCGAAGCUGUCGCAUGCCACCUCCAGAGAGGGUGCUCGAACGAGCUCCUCGGGCUUGGUCGUCAACGCACCUUUCCAACCCACUCCCGAACUCUUACAUAAGAUCAUAGAGAUGUUUGAGAUCGAUGUCGUCCUGGUCCUGGACAGCGAAGCCCUGCACGCUGCCCUUUGCAGGAUGUUUGCGGGCUGUCCAAAGAUCAAUGGCGUGCCCAAAGUUGAGGUGGUUCUGCUUCCAAAGGCUGGAGGGGUGGUGCAAGCCGCUUCGAAGCGGAUCCGCUUCAUGCGGGCCCUGAGAGUUCGAGACUACUUCCACGGCGUGAUGAGGGACUUUAGCCCCUUCUCCGUCCUGGUUGACCUCGGUGAUGUACAGCUCGUGCAGAUCGAGACGGCGACACUCUCUGCCUCCAUGCUUCCGCUGGGCAAGGAGUCGCAGAAGUCUGUGGACUUCAUCGUCCGACCGUUCAGUGGGCAACCGUCAGACCUGGAGCAUGCGCUGCUGGCAGUGGUUCGCGCGAACAGCAUGAACGAGGUGCUCUUCGCGCCCAUGUGCGGUCUCGUUCUGGUGACGAAGGUCGAAGAUGCAGCGCUGCAGCUACUCUGUCCGGCCCCACCCCCUUUACCUGCGCAGUACCUCGUGGCAGGGGCACCCAGAAGCUUUCAGCUGUGCUCGGCAUUUGGCAGCUCGUGGGCGAGACAUCACUGA